UGAGAUCGUAUGUAGGACGACAAAUUAAAAUAAGGCUGGUACAUACAUGUUGAUAGAUAUCAAAUUGUUCGUUGAAACCAAUUACAAUGAAGACUUGUUAACCGCAUACUUAAAUAAAAGAGUACUUUAUUACUACCAACAUAAUAUAUUCAAUACGUAUUGGAUUAAAUACAUGAAACUCAUAGAUACUGGUAAAAGACUAGCAUCGGGGUAAUAAAUAUCGACGUGGGCCAGUAGUCGGCUAAUACCGCACUUGUGGGACUUCAAUUAGUCACUAUUGACAUAGUUGAGAGAGUCACCGCGCUACCGCCCUCUACUCCACACACAUUUAAUGUCAGCCUUUACAACCAAAUUAAUUAAACAAAUUAAUUCGCAAAAAGUCCAAGAAUUACGUCAUCAAAAGUAAUUUUAAAGUGUUCAAAGUUUUCGUGAUGAUUCGAAUUCGAAUUGAAGAGUAAAACGUACAGUUUCACGCAUUGAUGAAACAUAAGUUUGAGAAGCUUAGAUUGUGCGUAUUACGGAAAUCAGCGAAGAUGUUCAACUUGUACCAGCAUAUGAAGGCGAACAACGAGGGUAAGGAGCAGAAGGAGCCGGAGACGACAGGCCACGACAGGUUCUACCAGGAGCGGCCGCGGACCAGCUACAGGAAGAAGAAGCGCCGCGGGGCCUGCCGCCGGGCGCAGUCCGCUGCCGAACUCAACCCGGAGUCCAUCGCAGCUGCCAACAAACGGAACGCCUUCAGAAUACGCUCCGUUUCCACGGACAGAGAGGAGAGUGAAGGUAAGAAUUAUAUUGUUAAAUUAUGGAUGAUAGAAAGUGUUAUAAAAAUAAAUUGUAAUUUAACCACCGUGCUCAAAAACGUCAGUCAUUCAAAAGUCGCUCUUUAAUGUUGUGUUGUCUCUACCACAACAAGGUUCUGGAUAUCCAUGCUCAGUCAACAGA